UGCCUGCCGAUACCCAAGUCGAAUCUCUGGUGGUUCCUUCCCCAUUAUUGCUGCUACCGCUUCAUUUUCCUUAUACAAAAGGUGCUACUUCGAUCUGAAUCUGCAUCUUCUUUCUUGCUUCCUUUCUUAUCAGUGGUGCCCAUUAUUUCCCUCACUGUGGCUCGCCUUGAUUCAUCAUCUUAUUCUACGCUGAGCCUUGUGUACUUGUGCAAGACAACCAUCCUCGAGGACAUUCGUCACAAACACCACCGAAGUCGAAGAUGCAGGCCAUUCAUGAGCAGCACCGGGCGAGCUACUUGCCUGCCUCGUCCCGUCAGAGCCGCAUGGCCAUUGAUUCCCUAUUGAAUCCAUCCGCCGAAAGUGAAAAUGCCAGUACUCGGUCACAAUAUAGCCAGCACGGCUCGCCCUUAUACCCGCCUAGUCCGAAUCAGUACUUCUACACGUCCUACUCAGAGAGCCGCCAUCCUUAUCGGGAGGACUCGCAGGAGCAGGGAUACCUGCCCUACCGGACACGAUCGGUAGAAUCCUCCCCGGAUCCCUGCUCUCGUGAUCGAUAUGAUUCGGUAUCUAGCAGCUCCAGCAAUGCUGCGGAGCGACGGCGGCCUCCCCGACCCAAAUACGAAGAAGAAGAGAUGUAUUUCAUCUGGUACCACCGUGUGGACCUCGGCCAAGAGUGGAAGGAGGUCCGUGAAAGCUUCAACCGGCAGUUCCCAGAUCGGCAGCGACGUGGGUUCCAAGGAAUCCAAUGCAAAUUUUACCGCUUCAUCAAAGAGAAGAAGUGUCCCACAUUACGGGAGCAGCGCCGCAUGCGUGACGGCGACUUUCUGCGGGAGGGGGCGGGAGUUGCCGACUCGGGGGCUCCGAAAUUUGGAGUUAUCGAGUGGGUAGGGACCUGGUAUCCAUGGAUGCGCGAGGACAAAGAAACGGUGCGCAGACGACGAAUUGCGAGGUAGAUAAUCCUGUUUUCGGAUAGCUUCAUCAGCAUCCGCCUGGUGGUCGAGUCAUUUCUUUCCCUCCUGCGCUCAUCAGCGCUUGCUCUCUCUUCUUACCUACUCCACUGCUACCUAACACAUCUUUGUUUCACGGCCGACCCCGACGA